AUGGUUGAACCAAGUCAAGCCCAUCCCCCAGAAGCAUCACCCAAAAUGACCAAAGAUGAUCCAAAAAAGCAACCACAACCACGUCACACAUUUGCAUCUCGAUAUAUGAUCAGAGAUCAACACCGAGCCCUCUCAACCUUCGUUAUCAUCUUUCUGGUGUUAGCAGGAAUAACCGCCCUUAUAGUUUGGUUAGUUAAUUGUCCACAUGACCCGAAGUUCAAAGUUGUGAGUUUGGCCAUUUAUGGUCUUAACUUCACCUCCCCACCUUACGUGUCCACCACCAUGCAAUUCACUGUGGUCACUAGGAACCCUAAUAAGAGAGUCUCCUUUUACUAUGACCAGUUAUCUGCAUUUGUUUCUUACAAAAACCAGGUCAUAACUCCUCCACUGAGUCUGCCACCUUUGUAUCACGACUCAAAGAGCACGGUGGCUCUGUCACCAGUGCUGGGUGGUGGUGCGGUGCCGGUGUCGGUUGAGGUGGCCAACGGGUUAAUGAUGGAUCAGUCUUAUGGGGUGGUGAAUUUGAAGCUAAUCUUGAUUGGGAAGGUGAGGUACAAGGGUGGAGCCACAAGGACUAGGCAUCAUGGAGUGCAUGUGAGUUGUGAUGUUUUUGCAGGCUUCAAGAAGGGAUUUACAGGUCAAGUGCCUUUGCUUGGAUCAUCUGAAUGCCAAGUUGAUGCAUAA